AAAUUAAUUAAUAAUUAGUGACGGAUAAAAUAGAGAAGAAAAUCUCUGUGCAAAAAUAGAAGGGCAGAUUUAUUUCAUUUUCUUCACACAUUAUUCCCAUUUUCCGCGAAGCUACUGCCGCCAAUUCCUCCAUCUUCAAUCCCACACUACACGACGAGAGAUUUCAGUAAUUUCUUCGAAACAGGACCGAUUUUGGUAGCAGGAACCGCCCAUUUGGUAAUUGGAGUUUGUAUGACGAGCGCAUCGGAGCUGUUCUACAGCCGGAGGUCUCGAUUCGGUCGGAAUUCGGAUCCUUUCGGUGUCGGGGCGGAUUUGGAUUCGCCUCCGCCUCCCGAUCGGACCAAUCGCCGCAGUCGCCAUUUCAACAGUCCCGGCGGCAGUCACGCUCGCCGCGAUCGGCUCGAGCCCGACGGAUGCGAUCCUUUCCGACGGUCGAUUCACCAGCUCAGGCAACCCCUGCACCGCCGUCCUUCCCAUCCACCUCAAGAACACGAACCAAUUUGGCUUGAAGAAGUUGGCCACCAAAUUUCUCCAGGAAAUGUUAGCCACACUGGAAAUCACGUUAGCGUACGUGAUAGGGCGAGAGUCAAUGGGAAUGACAGGCUCCCUGGACCUGUGCUGCUUGCUAGAGAAAGGCUUUUGCAAAGGCUUAGAGGCGUAACUCUCUCUGGUAGCAGGCGGAAUAAUCGGAGUUCGUCAAACAACAUUGCAAUAGGCGAAGAUUUUAGGCUGGUCGAUGCUGGAGAUUGGGAAACAGAAAUAUCUAGGGAUUGGGUUACUUCAGUCACCCACUCAACAGAGUCCAUUGCCCAUCAAACGAGCAGUAGACCACCUGGACUCACUCAAGAGGCACUCACCUCUUUGCGCAUCGAGAUUUUCUCUCUCCAAGAGAAAACCAACGCACAUAACAUGUCAAGGGAUUUAAAGGAGUGCAGUAUUUGCCUCGAGAGUUUUUCGGAGGGAGAAAAGCUGACGUGUCUGCCAUGCGGACAUAGGUACCAUUUUUGCUGCUUGGGUCCUUGGGUACGUACAUGUGGCGACUGCCCGUAUUGCCGUAGGAGUAUUUAUGCGACUGUUGACUGAGUAAACGAGAGAAUCUUGAAAGUUGAACCCUUUCUUUUUUUAAGAUCCCUUUUUUCGUGCUGUAUCGAUUUUGUUGUUGACUUUGAUCUUUUUUUUUUUUUUUUGAUUUUGUGAGGUUUUUGUUUAAAUUCUGACAGAAAGAAAUGUAAGUAUAAUUAGAAUGUCGGUAGAUUAGCUUUGAAUUAGAAAGAUCAACUAAUGGGAAAUCAUAUAGCCUGUAAUAAUGUGUAUUUGUUAUUUGUUAAUUAUUUUGUUUGUUUUA